CCGGGGGCAGCCGCGCGCUCGCUCGGGUCCCACUCGCUGGAGCCAGACUGGGGAGCUCGGGCCAUUUCCCAGAGCAGGACUGAAGGAUACAGCAUCUUAUAUGACCUGUGGGUUUGAGAAGUGAAGAAUAACUCUGAUCACAGGGUGACCCGUUAUGUCUAUGUUGUGAUGGAAAAAUGAAAGCAUCUAGAAUACAGCAUUUUUUAUACUUCUAAAACUGCCUUUGACUACAACAUCUAUUCCCUUCAAAACACACACACACAAUGUCAGAACUUGACCCUUCAUCUGGAUUAGUAGGAAACAUGGAAAAUGGGACUUUUCUGGAGCUGUAUCCCACAUCCCUGUCAACUUCAGUGGAUUCCUCAUCUGGCCGCUUAUCAAAUGUCUAUGUCUAUGUUUCUGUAUUUCUCAGUCUCUUAGCAUUUCUUCUUUUGCUAUUAAUCAUUGCACUUCAGAGGCUGAAAAACAUCAUCUCUUCCAGUGCCUCCUACCCAGAAUACACUAGUGAUGCUGGAAGUUCUUUCACUAAUUUAGAAGUUUGUAGUAUUUCUUCCCAGCGAUCUGCUUUCUCAAACCUUUCUUCUUGAAAAGAAAUGAAGGAAAUACAUUGUGAAUGGAGCAACUUUGUCCAGCUUUUGAGGGAAAUAGUGCAUGCAAUGUUUACCAUUGAGGACUAUAAUCAUGAAAGAGGUGACUUUUAAAGUUCUCUUUGACUUUUCUUCCUCUUUUUAGUUUCCAUUUCCCCUUUUAUUAAUGUUGUUUUUCAUCUUAGAGCAUGGAAAAUGGCCUCUGGUCGUAGCUUCAUGUAUAUACUGGUAAUGCCGCCUUUCUCUCAUACGUAUGCACAUCCGUGCAUACACACUGACUUCCUGCCAAAUUUAAAUAUAGUUCUAGGUGGAUGUUCUAAUUCUUCUCUGCAGUUGUAUCCCUCUUACCUGGAUUUCCCUUUGUUAGUGUGUCAUUGACUUUUCACUGGAUAGCACCUUCUGGACAAGAUCGUUUUCACAAAAAUGCCACCACACUGAUUUAAUAGACAAAUUGGCGCCUUGGCCAAUUUUAAAGUUGUUGGGUGGAGUUUUUUGUUAUUUUGUUUUUAAUUGUGAUGUCAUUUCAGUAUUUAAAUUACGUUAUUAAAACAAAACUAAAAUAAUUCUUUUGUUAACAAACGUUAAUUUUGUCUAUGUAUACCUGUCCAUUGAAUCUUUCUGUAUAAAGCCUCUACAAGUCAACUUUCACAUACACUUUGACAUAUUUGCUUAAUUUUAUUUAUCAAAAGCAGCUAGAAUAAAUAUGCACAGUUGUAAACUCAAGUUGUACUGUAUGUUGUAAAGAUAUUUUUAGAACCUACUUGCAUGCAGUUGAAGGACUACCUGCUUCUCAGGGGGAUGGUUUCUGCCUCUGCAUCACAAAUACAGCACACCUCCUUUCCACACUUCAGUGCUACUCUAGCUUAUUUUAAACACAAUCUGAGCAGCCUUUUCUCUCUUUGAGAGACACAUAACUCCCAUUGCCGUUGCUGGCAGCUGAUUGCCUGUAUUAAGAGCCCUUAUGGGCACGAGGAGUUCUUACCUCAGUGGAGCUACUUACAUUGGUCAGAACUAGUGAAGGGCCAGAUUCUGCCUUCUCCUUACUUGGAUGCACAGUGGGGUGGCAGAGCAAGGCAAAUCCUUCUUGGCAUGGCCUGUGUAAGGGCCAGGCAAUGUCGCAGUCCCUUUACAGAGUCUGCGCUCUCCCUACUCCACCAGUGAUGUACAGUGCCCCAGUGAGGAUAAGAAGAGCUGGGGGGAGGUGAGGCCAUGGCCCAGCCCCUCCUCCACACUACGGAAUGGACCCAGUACGCAUGAUGGGAGAAUAAGCUGUACCCCAUUAAGAGGUGUAGUAGUGGGAGUGCCUUCGUCCUGCUCUAGGGAGUUCAGGGUCAGGUAUGUUGAGCCUAGAUGCCUUCCAAUGCUCCACACAUCCCCAUAGUUUGGACUGUGCUGAAAUGGUAUAACCUAGCCCUAGGCGAAUAAGAGUGUGCAGGACUGAUUCCAGCAUAGAGAACAGACCCAUACACACUUACGUAAUUGGUAUGAUAUACUCUCAGUAACUGUCCAUUGUGUCCAAAUGUAAUACAGUAGCGUCCUUGAUUAAAACAGAGUCCUGUGUUCGGUUACUGUCAUAAAGCAAUUAUUAUUAUUGCAAAGCACAAUUCUGUGAGGUCUCCAGCACACCUAAUGUGGGUUUAGUUCCAUUAAAUUGGCAGUGAUACGAUAUGGAAUGCAAAGAUUGGUUUGUUAUUGCAGCCUCCAAAUUGUUCCAGGUUACUACAUUAUAGCAUCAUUACAGAACAUGAUCCAAUGGGAAUAGUUGUAUGUUGGGCUCAAUCCUGCUUCACCUAAAGUCAAUGGGUGCUUUGCCCUUGAGCAAAAUCCAACUCAGUUAAAGGACCAUGAGGAGAACAGAGACGUGUCAUCGCUGGUUUUAACUAGCAGAGCUGCACUAGUAGCUCUAACUGACCAGUGUGACAGUUCCCCUUACAAAUAGUGUGCCCGAUCCUGCAGAGGUCUGUGCACCUACUGCAAAGUACCAGCACCCUUCACACUCAUCUCCCAAUCAAUCAAGAGAUAAUUGGAUCCUUGGAGGAUCAAGUCAUGUAUUAUUUGGCCAGCAUGUUGUUAAAGUUAAGGAGUUGUUGGUAUAUUACAGCCUAUGAGGCCACAGCUGUACAUGGAACACUCUACAACUUUUUAAAACAUUUUUAUCCUCUAGGCUCUCGGUUAGCUAGAGGCAGGACACAUAUCCCCAAAUCCAGCAUUAACUGGAUGGUCUAUGAAAAUGCAGUGUUUUUACCAUCAAAUGUAAAUGUAGUAAUUAGAAAUAUCUUUAUUCAGUGCCAAACAAAGGCAGAUUAAAUUGGAGUUGGUGUUUUCAACUUCUAAAAAUUAAUGUAUUAUACAAUAAAUUUCCGUGUUGAUUAGAUUCUUCUUAGAGCCAAGGCAUUUUGUUGCAAAAUAAAGAAAUUAAGUCACUGGGAUUGCUGAUUCACCCUGCUUUUAUAAAGAUAUUUAGUCUCUCAAUUACUCUGUUCAUCCAGACAUAGUUUUCCUCCAAACAGCUUCACUCCAUUUUCACUAGAAACUGAUGAAAGGACAUGGGGAACUACUAAGUUAUUUAUUUAAAGUUGAACAAGAAGUAACAUUUCCUUUAUGAAAGCUGUUUAAAAUCCCAAAAU